CUUUGACAAGAAGCUUGGGCUCUGGGAGCUGAAGGAAGGCGGUGAUAAGGAGCAGAUGCAAUCGGCUGCAGCAUUUUGUCAAUGACAGGAAGUGGGAGUAGUGAUGGGUACAGGAAAUCUGCCUGAAUCCAUGUCACCGUGCGCUCCCGGAGUAUUCCUGUCCUCAGCUGCGAGCAGAUAACAGCUGAUAGCAGUGAAAUGCCCGGGGGGGCAGGGAGGUGAACCGGCUGCACGCCAGCCUGGCUGCUGCUUGCACCGCUGCCGUGCUCCCGCGCAGCACCGGAGCCUUGGUGCCGUUGCAUCGCGUGUAGGUGUUGCCCCUGCACUCUGAUAAAGCUGUCUAGACUUCGUUUGGUGAUAAGGACCCGCCUGCAGCUGUGAUGGGAGUAGCUGUUUUCUGCCUGUGAGUGCGGCCUGUGCCCAGAGCCUGGCUCCCGUCACAGCCCCUCUGUGGCAGGCGUCUGGUGCACCGCCCCGAGGCUGCCUUAGGACCGCUCUUGGAGGCAGCGUUUAAUAGCUACGGGCCCUUAAGUAAUAGUAAGGGCCUUUAGGCUAAUUAAGCUAACACUGAAUAUAGAAACUUUUGAGUGUCCUGUGGUCUGGAGGGCUGACAGCCAGCGCCGCUUCCCGUUACGGCUUACGUGGAGCUUCUGAAGACCUCUGCGUUGAUGGUCUGGAGCUGCUGUCUUGUGAGCCUGGGAGAGGAGGAAGGAGUUAAAGUUGCAACCUGCCUCCAGGUGGAUCCAGUGCGCGACCUGCAGCGUCCUUAACUCUUGGCGCUCCUGCACUUAGACCACAAUGGCAGGUCGAGGUGGAGCUGCUCGACCGAAUGGACCAGCCGCCGGGAACAAAAUCUGCCAGUUCAAACUUGUUCUCUUAGGAGAGUCGGCAGUGGGGAAAUCCAGCCUCGUUCUGCGCUUCGUGAAGGGGCAGUUCCACGAGUACCAGGAGAGCACGAUUGGAGCUGCCUUCCUAACGCAGACGGUCUGUCUGGAUGACACAACGGUGAAGUUUGAAAUCUGGGAUACGGCAGGGCAAGAACGGUAUCACAGCCUGGCACCCAUGUACUACCGAGGUGCCCAGGCAGCCAUUGUUGUCUACGACAUCACUAACACAGACACAUUUGUACGAGCCAAGAACUGGGUGAAAGAGUUGCAGAGGCAGGCUAGCCCCAAUAUUGUAAUUGCACUAGCAGGAAAUAAGGCAGACCUUGCUACCAAGAGAGCCGUGGACUUCCAGGAUGCACAAACAUAUGCAGAUGACAACAGCUUGCUGUUCAUGGAGACGUCGGCGAAGACAGCGAUGAAUGUGAACGAAAUCUUCAUGGCAAUAGCCAAGAAACUGCCAAAAAAUGAACCCCAGAACGCUCCGGGUGGUCCGGGCAGGAAUCGGGUGGUGGACCUUCAGGAGAGCAGUCAGCCCAGCAGGAGCCAGUGCUGCAGCAAUUGAGCAGCUGAUCCCACCCGCCGGAGCCCUUGAAGGACGUGACUGGAAUCCAUGCUAACAAUCGCACUUACCGUAGAGCGGCUGCUGCUGGUGGCUGCUGUGAUUUCUCCAUCCCUUUCUGAUCAUAGGCUGGAGGGGAGUUCUUCCACCUGCACCUUUCUGUACAAAUACUAAUUAAAUUCUAAGUCUUAAGUCACUUUUUUAAUAUAUGAACUUCUCUUCCCUCUUCCUGGUGGUGGUGGAUGCACGACCUGGUGUCUGCCCAGCCAGCUCAUCCCUUCCCACGGGUGAGGGCCAGCAGCACCCAGGUCCCACAGUACUGUAGUUCACUGUUGGAAACAAAGGGAUAUUGAGACUAGACAAACCUUGGUUUAAAAUUACCCACGUGCAAAAGCUAAGGCUAACACCAGUACGAUAUGCCUAGAACAACCACUAAACUGUAGCAUUAUAGCGACAAACCCUGGCUCUUCGGCCACUUAUUGACCAAAUCAAUUAUGAGUAUUUUGGGGUGGGGCAGAGGGAAGCAAAACUGGUUUCUUCUGUAUUUUGUAUUGUAUGUUUCUUCAUGUAACCAAUCAGUAUCUUGUCAAUAUAGUACAUACAACUA